UCCGACAAAUUGAACAGAGCAACGGCAGGGGUGCAAAACAAGGGGAUACGUCAUGAUGAAGAAUUGUCGAAUUACCGCUGUGAGAGGUAAUGCAGGAUUGGAAAUUUUCGUUGAGAUGUGUGUCGUACGCCUAGAUGAUUCUAUGCCUUUCGUAUCCUGACAGACCGUUGUUCGAGGCGGUUCCAGACAGACGAGAAAGGGCUGGUUCUGACCAAGGAAGGAUAUUGUGCCGUGUAAUCUCGAACACGAGAGAUUUGAUGUUUCUAAUAGACUUUCUCUGUUCUUGGCUCUUGCGGAAGAAAUGAGCCGGAUUCGAGAUCGCAUGGAUCGUAGGAUCGAUGCAUGUUGCUAUCAACUGUUCGAUUAUACACAGUAUACACAGUAUACACAAUAUACCAUAAUCAUACAUAACAAUCAUUUUGUUUUGAAAUGAACGUACAAUUUGGUGGAAAUUAUAAGGAACCUGCGCUUUUUGGGUACUGAGCAACUUUCCACAAUGAUCCGAAAC